AUUUGAGCACAAAUAUUUAUCGUUGAUUUAUUUCUGUGUAUAAACAAAAUGGAAAAUGUACGUAAAACUAAUAUCCUCUUGGCAGGUACAAACAGAGUACAAAACUAGGCAUACACAAAUAAGUAAUUUCAAACUAGUUGGAGCUAUAAAAUAGUGAAGACGACCGAAGCGAUUGGAUAUUUCGAUAAAAAAUGAAAAUAUAUUUUUUAAAAGUUGUUCUUAUAAUUUCCGAAUUUUUAGCUUCAGCCACUGCCAACUAUUGUCAUGCAUCAUUGUGUGCAAAUGGGGUUAAACAUAUUGCCUGUAACAAUACUGGGAAAUUCUAUGCCACCUGCUCCAAUCCUGCCAUGGUUCAAAUGGGGCCUGCUCUGCGAAGACUCAUUGUCGUUGAGCAUAACACUAAACGCAACUUCGUUGCUACCGGGAGAAUUGCCAAAUUUAGGCCAGCCUGUCGAAUGGCCACAAUGAGAUGGGAUCCUGAGUUGGCUAAAAUAGCUUCGUACAAUGUACGCCAAUGUAAAAUGGAACAUGAUAAGUGUCGCAAUACGGCAAAAUAUAAAUUUUCAGGGCAAAAUUUGGCCUGGAGAUCGUACACAGGCACACCGAACUUUCAGCAACUGAUCAGGCAGGCCAUAAAUGCCUGGUAUGUGGAAUAUAAACACACCACAUGGCGGCAGAUGCAGUCCUAUCCUCCGAACUAUAGGGGACCCGCCAUUGGCCAUUUUACAGCCAUGAUGGGUCAACGCAAUAUGGCUGUGGGCUGUGCUGCCUCCACAUAUUCGACUAAAGGUGUUAACUAUAGAACAUUCUUAAUUGCCUGCAAUUAUGCAACCACGAACAUGUUGAACAGAUCAGUUUAUACGGGUUGCGCUAGACCUGGUGUGAAUUGCAAAGUCGGUAGAAAUUCGCUGUAUCCGAAUUUAUGUGCACCCAAAGAAGUCUACUAUGUCAACAAUUGGUGA